UUCGAGAUAUCAAUGCUUCGGAAGCCGUGUUAGGAAAUGCGUUUCAAAAUUUAUGUGAAAGGUUAAUUUUUUUGUAGAAAAUAGUUGAGGGACAGACGACGAGUGACAGUAAAACAUCAGCUGUGGCACGUGGUUGGAGUGGUCAUUAUCUUGCAUAUUCCGUUAUCAUGAAUACAAAUACAUUUCACGAAAUAGAUAUAGAACGUAAGCGUUUGUGCGUGGAAAACGAAAACAGUGGGGCGAGUGAUCCAGUGGAUGCCCAAGAGGAAGGUAGGAGAAUGAGCCGUAGAAAGAAAGCAAAAGUUGAGUACCGGAAAAUGGAAGAGAAAUAUAAUCAAUUGUUGGAUGAGGAAGACGCAUCUGAAAAGUCUAAAGUUCCUGGUAUAGGUAUAUCUGAAAAGAAAGUGACUCCAACCCAAGAAUCACAGUUGGCAGAUCAGAUUUCCGCACCUGCAGAUUUGCCUUUAAAUAAUUCAAUUAAAUUAGAAAAAGAUGAUCCAGAAUUUGAUCACGAUGAUCCGACAGGCCUAGAAGGUGCUGCAUUUCAAAGCAGGCUACCAUUUGAAAAGAUGACAGCUAAGGAAGCGUCUUCAUUUCCCGAUAUAUCUCAAGGUCCACCACAAACACAGAAAGUAUUCUUACACAUUAGAAACAGACUGUUACAGUUAUGGCUGGAAAAUCCUAAACAGCAGUUGUUAUUUGAAGAUGCCUUGCCUCAGAUUGAACCACCUUAUAACAGUGAUGAGCCAUUGGCUAUGCGAGUACAUGCAUUUUUGGAAAGGUAUGGUUACAUUAACUUUGGAAUAUUCAAGAGGACCAAAGUUAUACCUGCAAAAAAGCUAGGAAAAGUUGUUGUAAUUGGAGCAGGCAUUGCUGGACUAGCAGCAGCACAGCAGUUGAACCAGUUUGGGAUGGAAGUGGUUGUCCUGGAGGCAAGGGAUCGAGUUGGUGGCCGUAUUGCUACAUUUCGUAAGGCCAGUUAUGUUGCUGAUUUAGGUGCAAUGGUUGUUACAGGCCUGGGAGGUAAUCCAGUAACUGUUCUGUCAAAGCAGAUUAAUAUGGAAUUGCAUAAGAUAAAGCAGAAAUGCCCUCUUUAUGAAUCAAAUGGAAACACUGUGCCAAAAGACAAGGAUGAAAUGGUGGAAAGAGAAUUCAAUCGUCUUCUAGAAGCUACAAGCUAUUUAUCACAUCAGCUUGAUUUAAACUAUGCUGGUGGAAAACCUGUUUCACUUGGACAAGCCCUGGAAUGGGUAAUAAAAUUACAGGAAAAGAAUGUCAAGGAAAAACAAGUUCAGCAUUGGAAAGCUGUGAUAGCUCUACAAGAAAAACUGAAAACCAAUCAACAUAACAUGCUGGCCUUGAAAGAGAGAAUUGAAGAGUUAAACAAGCAAUACAAAGAGCUCUAUGAGAGUAAAGGCUUGAGAGAUAUUACACAAGAAUUUGUUAUGCGUUCAAAACUAAGGGAUCUAAGUAAUGCAUGUCAUGAAUGGGACCAAUUUCUGGAGCAGCAGAAAGAAAUUGAAGACAAGUUGCAUGAAUUGGAUGCAUCACCUCCAAGUGAUGUUUAUCUGUCAUCACGGGAUCGCCAGAUAUUAGACUGGCACUUUGCAAAUUUGGAAUUUGCAAAUGCUACCCCACUAACAAAUUUGUCUCUAAAGCACUGGGACCAAGAUGAUGAUUUUGAAUUUACAGGCAGCCACCUGACAGUCAGGAAUGGAUAUUCUUGUGUUCCUGUUGCACUUUCUGAAGGUCUUGACAUCAAACUCAACACUGCUGUGAGACAGGUCCGGUAUGGUCCAAAUGGAGUGGAAGUAGUUACAACCAAUUCUCGCAACAAUAGCAACCCCAUUACAUACAAAGGUGAUGUAGUGUUAUGUACAUUGCCACUAGGUGUGCUCAAACAGUCAACUGCAUCCAACACACAGGGUGUGAACAACAUCGUGCAGUUUGUUCCUCCAUUGCCAGACUGGAAGGUCUCGGCCAUCCAACGCCUUGGUUUUGGCAGUCUGAACAAGGUAGUGCUCUGCUUUGAUCGCAUUUUCUGGGAUGCCAGUACUAAUCUGUUUGGUCACGUAGGCAGCACGACAGCAAGCAGAGGAGAGUUAUUUCUUUUCUGGAACUUGUAUCGCGCACCAGUUCUUCUUGCACUAGUGGCAGGAGAGGCUGCCGCCAUCAUGGAGAAUGUCAGUGAUGAUGUCAUAGUGGGUCGCUGUAUCGCUGUCCUCAAGGGUAUAUUUGGAAAUGCAGCUGUGCCUCAGCCCAAAGAGACUGUGGUGACCCGUUGGAGAACUGAUCCAUGGGCCCGUGGAUCUUAUUCCUUCGUGGCUGUGGGAUCCUCAGGGGGUGACUACGAUAUGCUGUCAGCACCAGUGGCACCACCCACUGCAUCUGGACAGAAAUGUAGACUUUUCUUUGCGGGUGAACAUACCAUAAGGAAUUAUCCCGCAACAGUGCAUGGGGCGUUCCUCAGUGGCCUUCGUGAGGGUGCGCAUAUUGCUGAUGAAUUCUUGGGAAGUCCGUAUGCUCCAUCACCCCAGCCGUCUGCAGCAGUUGUUAGAGUUCCACCAACAGGAACGGCCCAGUAGUUAAGAUAAACCAUUUAUAACCUGUUGAUUGCUGUCUUCUGGGUUGUAGUGCCAUGUAGUCUGGUAAAUGUUUAAUGAUGUUUCAGAAGAGCUUACUGCCUGUAUCAUUAGGGACACUGAUCAGAAGACAGCAAUCUACAUGCUUGCCACUGUGAGAACCUGAAAUCUCACCUGAUGAUUGUGUGUGUGUGUGGAUGUUAUAGUUUUUUUUACUGUGUAGCUUUGAUGUUUGAGAAAUUAUGUAGAAAAAGUGAUCAUACAGACAAACUGCUUUUUCUUAAUGUUUGUGUUCAUUCUUGUGGAGUUUCUUCACAGAUAUAAGUGUUAGUUAAUACAUUGGUCUGAAGUUUCUUACAGCAUCAUAAAUACAGGAUUGCAUCUGUGAUCAGGAAAUAAAUGGCUGGGAUUACUUUGUUACCAUUACAAUUGCAGAACUGUCCAUAUGUAAUAUACAACAAAAAUAUAAUUUCUCACUUUCUCCUUCCACAA